UUCCGAACGACUGUUCCAUGACCGAGGAGGUGGAGGAGAAAGCGGAGGCGAUUCGGCCGGAGUUUCCCACGGGACGAGUCAAGAAGAUCAUGAAACUCGACAAGGACAUCAACAAGGUCAACUCGGAGGCUCUCUUCCUCGUAUCCUGCGCCGCCGAGCUGUUCCUCCGCUUCCUCACCGAGAAAUCGGCGGAGGUCGCGGCGGAGAGGAAACGGAAGACGGUGAAUCUCGAUCAUCUGAGAACCGCCGUGAAGAGGCACCGACCCACUAGCGAUUUCCUUCUUGACUCGCUCCCCGUCCCGGCUCAGACCGUCAAUCGCGUCGCUCGAUCCGUGACAGCCGCAGAUAAGCCCGCACCAGCUGGCGCUCGCCGCAUCAACGAUUUCUUCAGAAAAGCAGAAACGGAGACCGAAUCCAGCUAAUUUACUUCUUGUUUUUUCUGUUCGUUGUGUUUGGCUUUGACUCGUGUCAAUGUUAACUUCAAAUUUGUGUUAGCAAAGGAAAGCCAUUUCUACGUCUUCUCGCAUCAAUUUCUGUCGCAUUUUUAUUCUUUUGAAUACUUGAGUUUACGUCC